CCCCCGCGGGCCGGGCCGGGCCGGGCGGGGCCAGGCGGAGUCUUUCCCGCCCGGCGGGAGUCUCUCUCUCCCGCCGGGAUCCGCCGCUGCUGUCGCUUCCCGCAGAAGCUGGAGCAGGAGCCGCAUUCGGAGUGGGUGCCGGAGCCUGGCAGCGCCGCAGGAUGGACCUCCCUCACCUCAUGAGUCCUACCGACCUGCCCAAGCACAUCCUGGAUAUCUGGGUCAUCGUCCUGAUCAUCCUGGCCACCGUCCUCAUCAUGACAGCGCUGGUGCUGUGCCCGGCCACUGCAGUCAUCAUCUACCGAAUACGAACACACCCCACUCGCAACGGCAUCGUGUGAGGCACGGGUGGGGGACGGCCACCUCGCUGGGCUGGGGGCCACAGCCAUGGCACCCUGUGCCAGGGACCUUGAUGGGGCACCCUGAGAGCUGGAGCCUGGGCAGGAACUGGGUGGGCCAGCACCCAGACCUGCUCCUGUACCUGGCUCUCACCGGGUACCCACUGCUCAUUUUGCCCACGGAGUUCACAGGGACUGUGGGGGAAAUGACAGCACGGGCGGCAGUGGGGAGAGAUGUGACUUUGCAGACAUGUCCAGCUGGAAAUAUCUCUGUCCUGUGAGGGAAGCAGGCUGGUCUCACUUUCACUGGCGACACCAUCUCUUCCUGGGCAAGCAGCAAGGAGCAAGCCUGACAAAGUUAUUUCUUCUUUGGAGUCCCAGCUGUCAAGGUUGUUGGGGAAAAAACAGUCAAAGCAAGAUGGAUGUGGCUUCUUGUUGUGCAUUUAGGACUUGGCUAAAAGCAUCAAUGACAGAACUUGUGCUGGCUGCACAGCAGACGUGCAGCUGGCACUGGCUUCUCCUCUAUCCAUUAUCUGCUGAAAUGGUAGGAAAAUCCUGCAGGGCUCUUGGUUCCUCUGGGUCUUGUGGAGCAGAGGAGUGUGUUCAGUUCCUACCAGCCCUCCUGUCUGCACACUCCCCACACCUGAUAGUGAGAGCUCUCACUGUUUGCCCAGCACACCAGCCCUGCUGGGAGUCUGUGCAUGCCUCACCUCAGCAGGUAAAGCGAGAGGAGCGGGUUUGUGCCCAGCCACUGGCAAGGGAUCAUAUAAGCUCCUGUAUUGCCCUUUGUUAUGAAAUAAAUGGACUUUAUCCUUCA